CACUAUGCCGGUUUGGCUGCUUCGCAACACUUGCCAAAAACAAGCCAGUCAUUUCACUCUGCAUUUUGCUGCACGAAUUACAAAUUUUAAAAAAUCAUCAUCAGAAUGGGUCCCGAUUUUGAGUUCACCGACACCCCCGUCAGCACUGGCACAACUAUUAUGGCCGUGGAGUUCGAUGGCGGCGUUGUGAUCGGUGCCGAUUCUCGGACCAGCUCUGGUCCCUAUGUUGCCAAUCGUGUGACCGACAAAUUAACCCAGAUCUCGGAUAAGAUAUACUGUUGUCGCAGUGGAUCCGCAGCAGAUACCCAGGCCAUUGCCGACAUUGUGGCCUACUCCCUGAACUACCACAGGAAUCAGACCAACAAGGAACCGCUGGUUUGGGAGGCAGCAUCAGAGUUUCGCAACUUUUGCUACAAUUACCGCGAUUCCCUGUUGGCUGGUAUCAUUGUAGCCGGUUGGGACGAGGAACGCGGUGGUCAAGUAUACAGUGUGCCACUUGGUGGCAUGUUGACCCAUGAGGCUUGCACCAUUGGCGGCUCGGGAUCCAGUUUCAUCUACGGAUUUGUCAGAGAGCAUUACCGCGAAGGCAUGCCAAAGGAGGAGUGUGUGGAAUUCGUCAAGAAAGCUGUCCAACAUGCCAUCUACCACGAUGGCAGCUCCGGAGGCGUGGUGCGCAUUGGUAUCAUAACAAAGGACGGCAUUGAGCGCCGUUUGUUCUACAACACAGAGUCUGGCCAGUCUACAAUUGCGGGCUCACAAAGCUUUGUAAACUAAAUGGGAAUAAAAAUGGAAUGGAUUCUAAAUUCACAACUUA